AUGUUGAAAUUAAACUAAUUAAAUGAACACUUAGAUUUAAACAUUAAGCCUAACAUCGCAGAAAAUAACAUGAGGGAUAGUACAUCUGAAGUGAGUAAUUCAAAUGUUUGCUUAAAUUUAUCCAUCUAACACUAGAUUACACAAGAAUCAUAAACAUAACAGUUUUUAUAAAGUCAAUAAACCACAUAAAGAAGCCCUUUAUAAAAUACUGAUGGACUAAUUUAUUCAAACCAUGAGCUUCUUCAAGGUGAAAUAAAUCAGUUUAGUUCUCUAGAAGAUUUAUCAUCAAAAUUAAAUAAUUAUAUCGAUUCAUAUCUAUAAGAAUUGAGAUAACCUUAGUAGUUUUUAGAAUAACUUUCUUUAAACUAAUCUGAAAGUUAUGAAGAAGACUCUUCAGAAAGUCUUUGUUAAAGAAUUUAUUCGGUAUAUUUUAACAUUUAAAUUUUAGAAAUUUGUAUCUUAGUUAAACUUAUCAGUCAUUUAAUCAUAUGACUAAAUUUCUAGUAUAGAUGAGUAAAACAAAGACGCAACACCAUUAUCACUCUCCACUCCUAUAUUGAAACAGAAUGUUGAAAUUCCUCCUGAAAAAAGCGGAUCAAAACAAUUAUUUUUUUAGGAUCACAUUCAUUUAACUUACAGCUAUCCUUUAAGUUAGGCAUGA